AUGCCAAUUUUGACACCUGUCAAGCCUGAUGGGUCUGUACGCAUCUGCGCAGACUAUAAAUGCACAAUUAAUAAAGCGCUACAACAAAUCGCUUACCCUGUACCUGUUGUACAACACCUAAUGCAUUUGCUUGGCUCCGGAAAAAUAUUUGCAAAAUUAGAUAUGGUGCAGGCAUACCAACAAUUACCAGUAGAUGGCUCUACUGUGGAGGCCCAAACCAUUGUGAUGCACAGGGGUGCAUUCAAAUGCAAUCGCCUGCAAUUCAGCAUUAGUAUCGCCCCUGGACUGUUCCAAAGCAUCAUGGAACGACUUUUGCAGGAGAUUCCAGUAGUUGUCCCCUAUUUCAACGACAUCUUGUUAUCUGUAGAUGAGCUGCCCAGGAAGGAAUCAGUGAUUCUAAUCAAGACUGCAAUUUCAGCAAUGAUGGGGAUCUUCUCAUAUGGGCCUUUUGUUAUGCUCUGUUUAGUGAUUGCAGGAUCUGAAUAUUCAACUGGAAAAAAAUUGAAGUAUACACUUUGCAAACAUUACAAGGAGAUUGGACGCCUGAAACACAACAUAAAGCCUACGACAUUCUGGCGUGUGGACUGUCAUCAUCAAAAGUAUUUUUCUCUUGGAGACAUAGCUGUACAAGGUAGCCGUAAACCUCAUAAUAGUGCUAUAAUAGUGAAGGAUGAGACUGAUGGCCUUCUUGGACAUCCUAAAGGUUUGAGAGCAAUCUGGAGAGGUUCAGGCAAUAACGAUUUUACAGUUUUUGAGAUGGAUUGUGAACAUGGGUUCAAAGCCUUAGGAAAUAUAGUUGUUAAAAACUCCAGCCAGUUUCCUCAUCUGUCUAGCUACAGAUGCGUCCAUGAAACUAUAUUAGUAAGAGGAAAAUGCCGUAUAAUCUGGGAAGAUAUUGGUCAUAUAAAUCGUACAAAUAUUGGAGUUUGGGAAGUUGUAAGAGAUCCUUCUGUAGCACCAGGUAGCAUAUCUGUGUGGACUUUUGUAUUUGAGAACAAGCACAAUAUUCCUGCUAAAAUUGUCUACACUUUGAAUCGGGAUAAAGUGAUGACUGAAAAUUAUCCAUAUAUCCGUUUUAUGAAAACGAAUGACAGUGUAUGUGCUGACUUGGAAUCUACGGAACCAACAGGAAGCCCUUUCAUCACACUUAUUCCUGCAUCCACUGUGAAUCCUAGACUCCACAUCUCUGAUCCAAGUAGAUUUUGUAAUGACAAACCUGAUGGUAACUAUGCUUAUCCAGCAAAUCCACACAAAUAUCAUAGAUGCUCUAAUGGGCAGACAGUAAUCAUGAACUGUCCAGUCUAUAAUACCAUCAGGGAUUGGCCAAGUAAUUUGAUUGAGGAUGAGUUUUGUAAAGACAAACUUAAUGGCAAUUACACUUACCUACCAGAUCCACACAAGUACUAUGCUUGCUGCGAUGGGAACACUGAGCUCAACGAUUGUCCACCAGGCCAGAUUUUUAUCAACAUUGUACGCCAAUGUAGUUGGCCAUUCAGAUUUUUGUAAAAAGGAAUAUAUGGUGCCAAACAUUGCUAGUUAAUUAAUUAACCUAAAAAUUAUAUUUACUUAAUCAAUGGAUUCAGAAUUUGUUCAAAAACUCUUUACAAUGUGAUCUCUGGCAACUGCAUACAGCCAACAGAUAUUCCUUUUAAUAUCUGAAAUAUAGUGACAACUAAUUAUCCUUAUUUAGAAAUAUGCCAUAUAAAUGCUACGGAUGUGUUAGAAAAGGCAUACAUUUUGCAUUAAUAGAUUAAGUGAUAAAAUUGCACUAAAUCAUUAUUAGCACAUAUGUUUGCCAAGCAGCAUUACAAACAUUCAUUAGAAAUAUACUGAAACAUCGAAUAAACAUUAUGGAUUUCCCAAAGGAGAAUAUAUUUAAGUAGGGUCCACAUUUUGUAAAACCAGCAAAAAUAUUUGAAAGGGAUAAAGAUUUUAGGCAGACCAAUAUAUUUAACUAUUUAUCCACAUAAAUGCUACACAUACAUUGGAGCAGAAGUGGGCAAUUAACUUUCCCAAGGGCCACAUGAAAAACUGGAAUUGUUGUGGAGGGCUGUUGCCAUUACCACUGCCCCCCUCACCCACACUCUGUUCCUCUCCCGCUGCCACUACUGCCCCACCCCAGUGACACCUCCAACACUGCAGGCUGGACAGGGACAACAGAAGAGCCAGAUGUGGCAUGUGAAUCAUAAAAUGCCCAGGUCUGCAUUAGAGGGACACACGUUACAGUAACAAGAGUUGGAAGGGACCUUGGAGAUCAUCUAGUCCAAUCCUCUGCUAUCAUAGAAGACCUAUAUUAUUUAUGAUAAAUGGCUGUCCAGUCUCUUCUUAAAAGCCUCCAGUAAUGGAGCAUGUAUAGAGUUGCAAUAUUUUGAAAUACUUCAGUAACUUUGCAAGGCUUUCUAUACUUGUUGUUAGUACUGAUGAAUCUUCAAAGUGGAAAAGCAUAAUUAGCUGUCAUGUCUGUUGAUCACUUUAUCUUCUUUAAAUGCAGCAGUGACGUUUAUUUUUUUAAAUCUUGGUACUAUACCGUGAUACUGUUCUUAGUUUGGAAGUAAGGGAAAGCAAUCACCGUUUGGCUUUAUACCAGAUAUGAUGAUUAAACUCUCUUUCCUCUUCAUAUUCCAAAGCAACCUCAUGAAAGUUAUUUAGGUAAAUUUACUGCAGAAAAUUCGGAAGCCUAUGAACAAGAAAUUCACUAACAAGACCUUGAAUUUUGAUUCUCUCUUCCCAUUUUUUCAAUUCAACAAUACUGAUUUCUUGCUCCUGAAAAUUCCUGCAUCUUCCCCUCGUUUAUAAAACAGCUGUCUUUGACAUGAGAGUAUGUAUUUUUCCAAUUUCCAACUUUAUCAUUAAUUGUUAAAUUUAUCCUUACAAUUGUA